AUGAUCGAAACAAACGCCGUUGGCGGCAAUAACAUGAAAAAGAAGGCGUCGCAAGGCCGGAAAAAGAUCGAAAUCAAGAGAAUAGAAGAAGUAAACAACCGUCAAGUCACAUUCUCGAAGCGCCGUGCCGGCCUUUUCAAAAAAGCCAGCGAGCUUUGCAUAUUGACCGGAGCCCAAAUCGCCAUCCUCGUCAACUCCCCCGGUGGCCGGGUUUUCGCAUUCGGUCACCCCACCGCCGACGCCCUUAUCGACCGCUACCUCUCCACCCCCGCCGCCGCCACUGGAUCAACAUCCGAUGGUACUUCAUCAUCUCAAAAGCCACUAAUGGUGAAAGAAUUCAACCAACACUACGUGGAGGUUUCGAAGGAGUUGGAGGCGGAGAAGAAACGGAAGGAAGUGAUUCAAGAAUCCAAAAUGGUGAACGGCGGCAGUGGAUUAGCGUGGUACGAUGAAACCAUUGACGAGUUGGAGUUGGAGGAGUUGCAGCAAUAUCUAUCGUCGUUGGUUGAGUUAAAGAGGAAGGUUCUAGUUAGAGCCGAUGAACUGAUGAUGAUCAAGAAGGCUCCGGCGUUGUUGGGUCCGAACAUGUUGGAUAUGGGUCAAGUAUCAAAUCACAUUCCGAAUAUCGAGAUCAUGCCUUCCAACAUGAUGGCUCCAGUUGGUUUUAACUUCGGUCCUGCCAUGGACUACCAGCCAAGGUAA